UCUCUCUCUCUCUCUCUCUCUCUACACUUGAGAAAAUCACACAGAUUCAGAUCUGAGCGUCUCAACGCCAAGCCCGCGGAAGAGAGAGAUUGAGAAUAAGUGCAUAAUUUUGAAGGAAUCAAAAUGGCGGUGGUGUCACCUCUAGCGAAAUACAAGCUGGUGUUCUUGGGCGAUCAAUCCGUCGGCAAAACAAGCAUCAUCACUCGCUUCAUGUACGACAAAUUCGACACUACCUAUCAGGCUACUAUUGGUAUUGAUUUUUUGUCAAAAACAAUGUACCUUGAAGAUCGAACAGUUCGACUGCAGCUUUGGGAUACUGCUGGCCAAGAGAGAUUUAGGAGUCUUAUUCCAAGCUAUAUUCGAGAUUCUUCUGUAGCAGUGAUUGUCUAUGAUGUUGCUAAUCGGCAAUCAUUUUUGAACACUUCUAAGUGGAUUGAAGAAGUGCGUACAGAGCGAGGCAGUGAUGUCAUUAUUGUUCUUGUGGGGAAUAAAACUGAUCUUGUAGAUAAAAGGCAAGUUUCAAUAGAAGAAGGGAAUGCCAAGGCUCAGGAGUUUGGAGUCCUGUUCAUAGAAACCAGUGCAAAAGCAGGAUUCAAUAUCAAGCCUCUGUUUCGAAAGAUUGCUGCAGCCUUGCCAGGGAUGGAAACCCUUUCGUCAACAAAACAGGAAGACAUGGUCGACGUGAAUUUGAAGCCUACAGUCAAUACAUCAAACACAGAACAGCAGGGGGGAGGUUGCGCGUGCUAGAGAAUGUAUUGAGGAAGAAAAAGAGAAGGAAGAUGUUGGAAUCACCUAAUACUUCAAUGAAAUUAGGUAAAUUUUGACGUCCACUGAGAUUGAGUGGUUCUGAUUCUUUCUUGUCAAUAUAGCAAAAAGUUGGCUCUUCAAUUAUCAGAGAGAGGAAGCUGGCAAUAGUCUGCCUUCAAGAUACCAAGGUUCAUCUUACUAUUACACUUAAUCCACAUAUUUUUAUUUUUGAAAGCCUUAUGAUAAUCCUUUUUCACUUGGUUUGUAUGUGAUUUGCUUUUCAAGAAUGUUUUCAGGAAUUUAUUUGCUUCAAAAGGAGGAAUGUUAUUAUAGGACUGUAAUAACCACCACCCCGUUGCUAGAUCUUAAGGUCACAGUUCGAAACUCGUAGUCCCCCUCUCUUGUUAAUAGUGUCUGACCAAUAAUAAU